UUGGCUUGGGAGGGACGGGUCUGCGGAGCGCAGCGGCAGAGAGCGGAGGCGGUGGUAGUAGCAGCGGAGAAGGAAGAAGAAGAGGACAAGAAGGGGAAAGAGGAGGAGAAGGAGGAGUAGGAGCGGCCGCGAGGCGCCGAGCGAGUGGAACGAACCCCGGGCCUCCCUGAGCCGCAGCCGCCGCGGAGCGCCCUGCCCGCGGUCCUAACAUGGACGAAGAGGGUGGCGGAGGUGGCGGCGUGCCUGAUGACCUCUCCAUGGAAGAAAGAGAAGAGCUUUUAAAUAUUCGUCGCAGGAAAAAAGAACUGAUUGAUGAUAUUGAGAGAUUAAAAUUUGAAAUUGCUGAGGUUAUGACUGAAAUUGAUAAUCUGACUAGUGUGGAAGAAAGCAAAACUACACAAAGAAAUAAGCAAAUAGCCAUGGGAAGGAAGAAAUUCAACAUGGACCCAAAGAAGGGAAUACAGUUUCUGAUAGAAAAUGACCUCCUGCACAACACUGCAGAAGACAUUGCACAGUUCCUUUAUAAAGGAGAAGGAUUAAAUAAAACGGUAAUUGGAGAUUACCUCGGUGAAAGAGAUGAAUUUAAUAUUAAAGUUCUUCAGGCUUUUGUUGAACUCCAUGAGUUCGCUGAUCUCAAUCUUGUACAAGCCUUAAGGCAGUUUCUGUGGAGCUUCAGACUCCCAGGAGAGGCUCAAAAAAUUGACCGUAUGAUGGAAGCUUUUGCUUCACGCUAUUGCCUUUGUAACCCAGGAGUCUUCCAGUCUACAGAUACAUGUUACGUGCUUUCAUUUGCCAUCAUUAUGUUGAAUACCAGCCUGCACAACCACAAUGUGCGAGAUAAACCCACAGUGGAGAGGUUUAUCUCCAUGAACCGUGGAAUUAAUGAAGGUGGAGACCUUCCAGAGGAAUUGCUAAGGAAUUUAUAUGAAAGUAUUAAGAAUGAGCCAUUUAAAAUUCCAGAGGAUGAUGGAAAUGAUCUAACGCAUACAUUUUUUAAUCCAGAUAGAGAAGGUUGGCUGCUGAAAUUAGGAGGGGGAAGAGUAAAAACAUGGAAACGGAGAUGGUUUAUUCUGACUGAUAAUUGCCUGUAUUACUUUGAAUACACAACAGACAAAGAACCUAGAGGAAUUAUUCCUUUAGAAAAUCUUAGCAUAAGAGAAGUCGAAGACCCUAGAAAACCAAACUGCUUUGAGCUCUACAACCCCAGUCAUAAAGGUCAAGUAAUUAAAGCAUGUAAAACUGAAGCUGAUGGUAGAGUGGUGGAAGGCAACCAUGUAGUGUACAGAAUAUCUGCUCCUACCCCAGAAGAAAAGGAAGAGUGGAUUAAAUCUAUCAAAGCAAGUAUCAGCAGGGAUCCCUUUUAUGAUAUGCUGGCAACAAGGAAAAGAAGAAUUGCAAAUAAGAAAUAGAACGUGAUCAGCAACUUGUAGACCUGCAUCAACCUAUAACUGAGCAUACUGUGGAGUGAUAAAUUGGACAAACUAAAUGGCGACAACUGUAAAUUUUAUAUAUAUAUACAUAUAUAUAUAUACAUUUUACUAUGGCAUAAAAACUUGGCAAAACUUUUCAGGGUAAACAGUUAUUGUGAUAUCAUUUGAAGUAAGCUUCAAAUCCCAGAGAAUUAUUAUAUUGGAACUUAAUUCAACUGAACACAUGGAAGCCUUGUUUUCAGUUACAUUAGUGACAACUCCAAUUUACUUGGGUUGGGAGGAGGGAAGGAGUUCAGGUCUAACACUAAAAUGUCCUCUACCUGCUACCUGAACACAUUUCCCAUAAAAGAAGGAGUGAUUAUAAGACUUUGAGUUCUCACUAAAGUGCAACACCAACAGUGGAGCACAGCAUGAUCUGGCACUGCAUUUUCCUGUAAGCAGAAACCUCACAAUCCCAAUGUCAGUUUUCAGGUGUGUGUGUUUCACAGUAACAGCUGAGUGCAACUUUCAUUCGGGAUUCCUCUCCUACCUUUAUGGAAAUAGAAACACAGUGACUGGCAGCUCAGUAGGUACCUUGUGGUGCUAAAGGGUUUGUCAGUGUGCACUGAAAUGCAGGCAGGGCCCAGCAGCAGAGGUCUGAGACUGUGGCCAUGACAUGAAGUACCAGAUGUCUGGUGUUUGCCAGUUGGCUAAAACUUAAUUCCUGUCUGCUUAUACACUCACAACAAACACUAAGGUUUAAUGACUGAUUUAAUCUGCUUUUUAUAUAGUAAUGUCCUUCUUACGUUUGAGAUGCUGUAGUUUGAUUAACACUAAGUUACUGCUAAAGGAGAGAGAUGACAGGGCUUGGGUGAUUUUAAACCUUGCAUGUGAAAACACCCCCAAAUAAUUUCACAGGCAUUCAAUGUUUUUAAAGGGAAAAGCCAAGAAGGUGAACUAUCUCUGUAAGAUGCAGCCCUAGAGAGUUGAGCAAGCAGGAUUCAUUCCUUUGCUUGAUAACAAACCUUGGGCAUAAAGAGUUCAUGCAAGUUCACACAAGUUCAUUGUUUUUAUUGCAUUCUUAAAGGCAGUUUUCAGAUUUGUGUUGAAGCAGUUGAAAUUGAAAAAAAUAGACAUUUUAAUAGAAAGUAAAUUAUUGGAUACCUGGUGCAGCUAGACUUGCCCACAGGCGUGUCUGUUUUUGAAACCUGUGAAGAUCUUUCUGUGGUCCUAAAGAUAGGUCUUUCAGGAACACAACUGCUGCAGCACAUGUUACUCCAGUGCUUUUCUGUUGAUAGCACACACAUAGUGUCUUAAGGUAAAAUCCCUAAUUCCACAGUGGGGGCAAAAAGUGUGAGGUUUUGGCUCUACUGCUUCUGUUACUACUCAGUUUUUCCCAAACUUGUUGAACCUGAGCCUUGCCUCCUGUGCCAGUCAAUGUGUUGGACACCCAAAAUGUUGAAGCAGCUUUGCUUGUUGGUUACAGGAGCACCUCUGGGUCUGUUGCAGGGAGGUGUGCUGCACUUGCAAACCCACAGACUUACCAAGCUGAUCUGUUUGAAAUCUCCUUUGAACUGUAGCAGAGAGUCUGUUUCAUUUUUCUGUCUUACUGAUUUGCCUUGUUUUGCAUGGGGUGUCAGCCUUGUGAGUGUUUUGCUUUAUUGCAUGUUUGCAAAAGAGGCUGAGAGGAAAAGAACAAAGUAAGCUUUCCUACAUUUUAGAUUUUCCCCAGGGUGUG